AUGACCAUGUCCAUGGAGGGUUUCGGCCCCGACAGCGUCUUCACCACGCCUGCAGAGGACAACGGCCAGUACCGCAUCAGCCGCAGUCUGGUCCGCUCCGCCGAGGGCAGCACCGUGCCGCUCACGCGGGUCAAGUGCCUGGUGUCCAUGACGACGCCCCACGACAUCCGUUUGCACGGAUCGGCAGAAACGCCAGCGUUUGUGGAGUUCGACAUGUCGCUGGAGGGCUUCGGGUUACUCCACUACAUCCACAGUACUCCAGGUGGCUCGGGGUCCACAAACCCCCCUGUGGUGAGUACCGUGUACGGGUACAUUGGGACGCCGCCUGCCCAGCGCCAGCUGUCCAGCCUGGUCUGGCGUCUGGGGCCCAGCAUUUUCCUGGAGGAGGUUUUACCUGCCACCAGUGCUGCUGCCAUUUAUGAAUUGGGACCCAACUAUGUGGGGAGCUUUCAGGCCGUUUACCUCCCAUGUAAAGACUCCCGAGCAGAGCCGUCUCCGGCCACACCUGUGGCUCUGGUUCCAGAGGAGAAGGUGUCCUUCAGUCUGUCUGCUCACUCCGUCUCUGCGCUCACUGUGGCCAAAAUCAGGAAAGCCUACAACAAACUGGACAGUAAGGCCGUUGCCAAGCAGCUUGCUGUGUCGUCACAUGAAAACGCCACUCCGGUCAAGCUGAUCCAUAACGCCGCGGGUCACCUCAAUGGCCCGGCGCGGACCAUUGGAGCUGCCGUUGUUGGAUAUUUAGGUGUCCGAGCCUUUGUGCCUAAACCCGUGGCCACCACCCUGCAGUAUGUGGGCGGGGCUGCGGCUAUUCUGGGCCUCGUUGCCAUGGCGUCAGAUGUGGAGGGGCUGUAUGCAGCUGUCAAAGCUUUGGUCUGUGUUGUGAAAAGCAAUCCACUGGCCAGUAAGGAGAUGGAGCGCAUCAAAGGCUACCAGCUGCUGGCCAUGCUGCUGAAGAAGAAGCGCUCCCUGCUCAACAGCCACAUCCUCCACCUCACCUUCUCUCUGGUGGGAACGGUUGACAGUGGACACGAGACCUCCAUCAUUCCCAACUCCAUGGCCUUUCAGGACCUGCUGUGUGACUUUGAGGUGUGGCUGCAUGCUCCCUAUGAGCUCCAUCUGUCUUUGUUCGAGCAUUUCAUCGAGCUGCUGACAGAAUCCAGUGAAGCGGCCAAGAACUGCAGACUGCUGCGGGAAUUCCAGCUGGUUCCAAAGCUGCUGCUAACCCUGAGGGACACCUCUCUGUCACAGCCCACGGUGGCUGCCAUCAGCAACGUGCUCAGUCUGCUGCUGCAAGGCUUCCCCAACCCGUACGACCUGCUGAGGUUUGGCCAGUUCCUCUCCUCUACUCUCCCCACAUUCGCCGUCUGUGAGAAGUUUGUUGUCAUGGAGAUCAACAACGAGGAGAAGAUUGACGCAGGGAAUGACGAUGACUUUGGCGGCCUCCUGUCUGCCAGCCUGAUUCUGCUGAGGAAUCGUCUGCUGGACAACCUGCUCCGCCUGCUCUUCAUCACUAAAGAGAAGUGCACAGUCAAUGCACAGGCCUGCGAGGAGCUGGUGAAGACGCUCGGCUUUGAUUGGCUGCUGAUGUUCAUGGAGGAGCACCUCCACUCGAGCACAGUGACGGUGGCUCUGUGGAUCCUGGUGGUGCUGCUAUCCAACCAGUCCAUCCUGAACCGCUUCAAAGAGGGCCUGAGCGGAGGAGGCUGGCUGGACCACACCGACGCCGUCCUGACCAAUAAGAUCGGCACAGUUCUGGGCUUCAACGUGGGUCGCAGUGCGGGGGGCCGCUCCACCCUGCGAGAGAUCAACAGGGACGCCUGUCACUUCCCGGGCUUCCCUGUCCUGCAGACUCUGCUGCCCAAACACACCAACGUGCCCGAGCUCUACUUCCUGCUGAUGGCGCUGUUCCUGCAGCAGCCGGUCAACAUGCUGCCGGACAGCCUGCAGUUUGAUCUGGACUCCCUCUGGACGUUCAUCUUUGGCAUCCCGGCCUCCAGUGGAACGGUGGUGGGCUCCAUCCACAGCGUCUGCACCGAGGCGGCCUUCCUGCUGCUGGCCAUGCUGCGCAGCAUGCUCAACCUGCCAUGGCAGUCUGAGGAGGAGGGAUCCUGGCUGCGGGAGUACCCGGUCACCCUCAUGCAGUUCUUCCGCUACCUGUACCAUAACGUUCCUGAUCUCAGUCCCAUGUGGCACAGCCCGGAGUUCCUCUGCGCUCUGGCAGCCGCCGUCUUCCCCUUCAACAUCAGGCCCUACUCUGAGAUGGUGAGCGAUUUGGACGAUGAGGCGGGGUCUCCCACAGAAGAAUUCAAGGCCUUCGCUGGUGACUCCGGCAUGAACCGCAGUCAGUCCGAGUACUGCAACGUCGGCUCCAAGACCUCGCUGACCAACCACCCCGCCAAGAAAUACGUGUUUGAUUUCAUGAGGGUUCUGAUCAUGGACAACCUCUGCACCACUCCAGCCAGCAAGCAGACGCCCAUCGUGGACCUGCUACUGGAGGCUUCCCCGGAGCGCUCCACCAGAACUCAGCAGAAGGAGUUCCAGUCCAACAUCCUGGAUGGCGUCAUGGAGCAUCUCCUGGCGGCUGACGUGCUUUUAGGUCAGGACGAUUUCCACAGGCAACCACGAUCAGUGUAGACCCACCCACAUGCACCUCCUAAUAAAUGUUGC